CAGACGCAUCAGGUGCGCUCCAGGACAGAGUCUCCAAGACGCGCAGCGGCAACUCUGCUGCACGCUCUACACAGAACUACAUAGCUUUUUAUUUUUAAAACGUAUUACUACUGUGAGGUGUAAGAAUAAAGUGGGGGAUUCAGCAAAAACUUGAGAUAAAGGUACAAGAAAGCUAAAUCUCCAGGAGCGCUCAUGGAGACGCACCGGACCACAAACCCGCGCUCUUAAACCAUCGCGCACAGACCUCCCGUAGGUCGUUUCUUUUUUGCAACGUUUCAAGUUCGUCUAAAGGUGAAAAACAGAUAAAUGAUGAACUUGUCGGAGUCAGUUUGGCUCUCGGAGGAGCCGUGGAACCUCAGCAGUGCAGAGGAAGAGGACCAGAAACUUUUGUUCGGGAUCGGAACGGAUAACUUCAUCACGCUGCUGGUGUUCGGGCUCAUCUUCACGCUCGGUGUGCUGGGUAACUCCAUGGUGAUCACCGUGCUGGCCCGGAGCAAACCGGGCAAACCGAGGAGCACCACCAAUAUCUUCAUCCUCAACCUGAGCAUAGCGGACCUGUCCUACCUGCUCUUCUGCAUCCCCUUCCAGUCCACCAUCUACAUGAUGCCGACCUGGGUCCUGGGCGCAUUCAUCUGCAAAUUCAUCCACUAUUUCUUCACCGUGUCCAUGCUGGUGAGCAUCUUCACCCUGUCUGCCAUGUCCGUGGACCGGUACAUAGCCAUCGUGCACUCCAGAAAGUCCUCCUCUAUCCGGGUGGCGAGGCAUGCUCUGAUCGGUGUGCUGGUGAUCUGGAUCCUCUCCCUGGCCAUGGCUGCACCGGUCAUGUAUUACCAGAACAUCUUCCACAGAGGAGAGAAUCACACAUUUUGCUGGGAAGUGUGGCCAGAUCAGAACCAGAAGAAGGUCUAUGUGGUUUGCACCUUUGUUUUUGGCUAUGUGUUGCCUCUGCUGCUGAUUUCCUUCUGUUACGCAAAGGUUUUAAAUCACUUGCACAAAAAACUAAGAAAUAUGUCCAAAAAGUCAGAGGCAUCAAAGAAGAAGACGGCUCAGACGGUCCUGGUGGUGGUGGUGGUGUUCUGCCUCUCCUGGCUCCCUCAUCACGUUGUACACCUGUGGGUGGAGUUCGGGACCUUCCCGCUGAACCAGGCCUCCUUCGUGCUACGGGUGGCCGCCCACUGCCUAGCGUACAGCAACUCGUCCGUCAACCCGGUCAUCUACGCCUUCCUGUCAGAGAACUUCAGGAAGGCUUACAAGCAGGUGUUCAAGUGCCAGAUCGGUAGCAGUGACUCCCCGCUCAACGACAUCAAGGAGAUCCGCAGCAAAGUGGACACGCCGCCCUCGACUAACUGCACCAACGUCUGACUGUGGAGGCUGAAAAUGAAUUACGGCGACUGUCUCACUGAAACUUACGUAAAGUCAUAGUGACAGAGCCAUCAGACAUGUGUGGGUUGUGUGGGUUUUUUCUUGUAGGUAAGUACGGUUGCUCGGAUAUCACUACAGCUGUACUGUUCCACAUGAGCACUGUUCAUUAGACCUGGACCAGAGGAGAGGAGAUAAAGCCACUGUGGCUGCAGGGCAUCGUUACUCCCUCUUUGAUCAGUCCUCUGUUUUCUUCUUUCAUAAUAAAUCCUGUGUUAGUCUGAAACUCAGGAAAAUGAUCCUCUCUCUGAAGUGAAACUCAUUUUGAUUGUAGACACUAUUUACAUAUGUCACAUCACGGUAUAUUUCAAGCCAAUACAUAAAAAAUAUGAGGUCGUUGUACUUUCAGACUUCAAAAGUAUUAAAAAUCAUCAUUUCAAGAUUAUUAUUGCAUCAUAUUGAGUCACAGGAUAAUCAUCUGCUGAAGUAAAACUGUUUUUUGAAGGUGUCUUUUCUGUCUGAAGAGCAGUGUUGGGCAUCGCUUUGUAACGUUUUACAGAAUUGUGGUUAUUCAGGAACGAGUGAGGGGUUAUAAUUUAAAUUGAACAAUCCCAGUAACGUUCUAUUGCUUUGAGGCUCAGAGGGUUCGGCUUGUUUGCUGUUUCACCAGGAGUUAGAUGGUGGGAUGUGCAUUCAGUAGAGACACAGCACCGGGACAUUUUAGCUUGGUCAACUAGAGGCAGGAGCUGGAGGAAGCUAUAGCCACUAUGAAAAGAGAAGAAAUGUGGGUCUUUUCUAACUCCGGAGUCGGAGGAGGUGUGAACGGUGGACGGACUACAUUGGCCGGUUUCACAAGAUAGACUUUGACUAUAGAGCUACAGUAACUAGUUGUCAGACCUCAGUUACUGUGGAUGUCUAAACGCAUCCAUUGCACAAAGUUGUCUAGUAAUUGACUAUUUAAAAGAAAACUAAUUUGCCAUGAAUUCUGGUUCGUGUUUGUCAACUAAAAAACAUGACUGACAGAGAAACCACGUCAAACUGCUCAGCCUCCUUCACUUCAGCAGAACAUGUUGACCCUUAAGGCUGUUACACACCGUAGCGUUUUUUUGUGCAAUCAGUUCGCACGUCAAUAUCUUUUUUUCAAACUGUUGUUUUUGUUAUGAGUACUUUCAUACAGAAUGGUGAAUAUUACAUGGCGAAAAAGUAACGUAAUUUUAUUUUAUUUUUUUCCGAUUUUCUUAGCUUUCGCAUCUCGAAUAAAGGCAUUCAACUAAUCACGUUGUGCAGAACGGGUUGAGUUGCAUCUAUUGGUGCCUUCAAAUGAAA